UACAAAUUACACUACAUUUCCCAUGGUGCUUAGGUGCGUAAAGGGGUUUGGCUUGUUGGGCGCGCGUUGUGAAGAAAACUAUUUGAAAGAAAAAAUGGCGGAAAAACAUUUAGAAGCUGAAUCAAACGGUUUGGUGAGUGUUGCUGGUGCUCAGGAUGAGACCAACUCGGUGAAACAGACAUCGAAAAGAUGCUCCUCCACAAGCCCCGGCUCAGCUCCCCCACACAAAUCUCCCCGCACCGACUUCGCAUCAUCCACUACACAGACGUCAGAUGUCGGGGAAGGCCGUUCAGAUACAGACAAACAAGAAAUGCAGACAAGUACGGAGGGGCCUUCAAGUCCUACUGUCAGCUCCACUGCACGGAGGAAAUCCUGGAGGAGAGCCACCAUAAGCCGACGUUCUCUCCCUGCUCUUCUCAACCAGAAUCAGGUUUUGUGCAGGGGCAUAAGUGCAUCCUUGUCCGACCAAGAGAGGCUCGAGAAAUUGAUGGAGGCUUCAAUGAGGAUGGUAAUUGAAAGAACUCAAAACUCGCUGCAGUCGGUGCCAAAAGCCUCACUGGAGACUUUUCAUAAACAAGUUGAGCGCAUGCAGAAGGAGUGGGGUCACGUAGCUGAAAGCAUUCGCACACGGGGUCGUCAACACCCUGCAAAUGCAUCCAGGGAUCCUUCAGUGCAAAGAGCCAUGCAGAAAGUCCGGCAAGCCAUCAACAGGCUAAAGGCUGAGAGUGAAUCUUGGGAGACACUGUUGAACAAACAUCGGAGUAAAGCAGAGGAAUUGGAAAGGAAAGUGGAGCAAGGCCAGGAGACGGGUGUAUCGUUAGACUCUACAUCUGUGGCUCAGUCCUCACAGUACCAUUUCAUACAGAGUAAACCUGACUACCACGAUCUCCUCUGUAGACAACAGCCCAUGCUUCACACAAUGGCAAUGAUUAUGGACACUCAGUGCAAGAUGGUUAGAGAACUGAUGUUCAUCAAGGAGCAAUCACAGCUAUUGGUGAAAGAGACCAGUGGCCGACUGGCGGCAGAGGCAGGAUUCCAGAAUCUUUCUCCUGACCUCAUCAGGAAGCUUAUUGCAGCACCUUUGUCUUCUGCCACUACAUAGUCGUCACCCUGGCUGGAGACAAGCGCAAGCAGUCAGUCAUUUAACCCAUGGCUAUUUAAGACUUCUGUGUGAAGCUCAUAUGUGUAUACUCUCAUUUCCUUUACUUGAUCCUUGCUGUCUUGUUUUAUAACCUAAAGUAAACUCUAAUACUAUGCUUUCGGUGUCAAAUAAAAUCAUUUCUGUCUGAAGAUA